CAUGGUGUUGCAUGAAAGUGAAAUGAGUGACAUUGGCAUCCACAUUGCACGAAGAAGAUACAACCUACCUAAAAAAGAACCGAUAGCAAGAGCACCAAGCAACAGACGCUGACGCAAAGAAAUGUGGAUGGUCACUACGAGGAUGACUCCAAGAACCUCAUGUUGAAGUGAUAUGUAUCAAAGGGCAGCAAGAAGAAGGGCACUGAACUACUGUAUGAUCAAGAUCAUGAAUCUUCCGUACUACUACCUUGCGCGGCGACAGGCCGAAGUGCUGCUUAUGCGCCUGCCGCGUGCGCGUCACGACUAUCGACAGAAACAUAAAUGACUGCAAAAACCACUCCAAUGUUCUUGAAGGCUUUUCCGAUGAAUAAGAUCCGCAUAGCGAAAGCAAAAGAACA